AUGCGUGCUGUUUAUUGUACUCCGCAAAUCUCACUUGGGGGCAGAUGCGACUGUGGUUGCAGUCAGCUGUGCGCCUUAUCGUAUCAUGACAAGCAAGUAAUGAACGGCAAAAAACACCUCGACGAUGGAGGGAAUACUAUACAAGUGGACCAAUUACAUAAGCGGGUGGCAACCUCGCUGGUUUGUGCUGGACGGUGGAACUUUGUCUUAUUAUGACUCUCAAGAGGAUGCUUGGAAAGGCUGCAAGGGGAGCAUUAAAAUCUCUGUUUGUGAAAUUCAAGUUCAUUCCUCUGACUCCACGCGUCUUGACCUGACCAUACCCGGAGAGCAGUACUUCUACCUGAGAGCCAUCAAUGCAGCAGAGAGACAAAAAUGGCUGGUGGCUCUGGGAACAGCCAAAGCUUGCCUGACAGACAACCGAACAAAGAGAGAGAAGGAACUCCAAGAGAACACAGAAGCACUAAAGACAAAGAUGUCAGAGCUCAGGUUGUACUGUGACCUUCUUCUCCAACAAGUGAACAAAAUCAAGGACGACGACGAGCUUGGUGUCGCAGCAGAGAGCGGCAUAGACGCGGGCAACAUGGUGAAGUCGACGUGCACCACGUUCCUCAAGACCCUGGAGGAGUGCAUGCAGAUAGCCAAUCGUACUUUCACGCCAGACGCGUCCAAGCAGAGCCCGCCGGCGUCCCCUCCCGUGGCCGCCAUCAAACCUCAGAAGAUUAAACCUGUCAAUCAGUUAAGGCAGCGCCUUGGCGAAAGGUGCAGAGAUUUGUCGGAAACAGACGUGACGGCACAUGACACCCGCAGCCUCGACUCUGGCGCAGGGGGACGUGAUGAACCGGACGGACCAGAACGGCAACCUUUCCCAUCAAACAGGCACACGGCCAACGGCGACAACGCCAUGCAGGAGGAGAAAGUCGAUCCUCUUCCUCCCGCAUCCCAGAAUACGUCUCGGGCCGAAGCCACCGCAGCAGCCGACGACGACGAGGGGCAAAAGGAGACCCAGAGAAGCGCGGCGGCGGAGAGCGGCGGCGAGGAGCCUCGGCAGGAAACACUCCCAGACGGAGAAGAGGCCGACUGUGAAGAAGACAUUUUCAAGGAUUCCGCGGAGCCAGAAGAGCCAGUGGAGACUUUUUUCAGCACAAUGAGUCACAGAUUUAGUGAUUUAAAGCUGGAUGACGACAAUGGCAUCCCCACGCAAGAGUUUUUGGACUCGUGCUAUGCAAUAGUGCCUGUAUUAGACAAGCUUGGCCCCACCGUCUUUGCUCCAGUGAAGAUGGACUUUGUGGGAAACAUCAAGAAAAUCAAUCAGAAGCUGAUGUCGGACCCAGCCGCCUUCCCCACGCUGCAGUCCAUCGUGCUCCACGAGGUGCACGGCCAGGUGGCUGAGGUGCGCAACUCGGCCACCGAGGCUCUGCUGUGGCUCAGACGGGGCCUCAAGUUCCUCAAGGAGUUCCUGUCGCAGGUCAACGCUGGCGAGCGAGACAUCCACGCAGCGCUCAAUCACGCUUACGGCAAGACUCUUCGCCAGUAUCACGGAUGGGUGGUCCGCGGUGUCUUUGCGUUGGCGCUGCGAGCCGCUCCGUCCUACCAGAGCUUCACAGCCGCCUUGGUGACGACAGAAGGCGACGAGCUGAAGAGCGGCUUUGCCGGCGGGAUGCGCCGGGACCUCAGCCUCUACCUGCCCGCCAUGGACCGCCAACUCGCCAUCCUGGACGCCCUCUAUGAGGAGUACAACCUGGAGUCCGACGAGGUGGUGUGAAAUGCGAGCACAAAAGUGGGCGGAGUCACAGAAAGGAGCCAGACGCAAGGACUUCGCGUGAGGCGUUUAAAGACCCGAUGCGGAAGUUCGAAAGAUGGAAUAAGUCUGCGCUGAGGAGCUUUCAGCAUCAACAAUGACGUGUAGUUGUUAGUGUCAAUUGUAUGUACUUUAAAAGUACAUAAAGACCACUGCAAUGUAAAAAGUUUGAUUUCUGAAUUUGAAAUCAAAUGACAGAAUGUGCAAUAAGAUGCAAGCAAAUGAGAAAAAAAAGAAAUCUGUCAGUGUUUCUAUAAUAAAGCAAACUAGGUGAUUUGCCUAGUAAACUUUUUAUUACUAUAACUCACUUGCUAAUGUUGCACUGUAUAUUUUUAGUGAUGAAAGUCUUUCAAAUUUGAUCAAAAAUGCUUUUUUUUCUUUUUCUUUUCUUGACCCUGAGAAGGACCAGCGAGAACAGCUUUUAGCACCGUAACACUGGAGAUGGAAAAUAAAUAUUCAUGUAGAACAUGGCUAGGAACAUACUGACAUCUUCUCAACAAGCCAGUGCAUCGUGUGCAUUUCCGAAGUUUAUUUAUUUUGUCUUAAGUUAUUGACGAGUCUUUGGCUUCAUCUCAUUGGUAUCUGAAGAGGUACUGUAACAUGGUAACUGACUUGAAUCAGACUCAAUAAUCCUAUUUGAUAAAAGUGGAAAAUGUGUGCUGAUCUCAUCCAUCCAUGUAGGCUUUCAUGUGUGCUAACUUAUUACUUUUGAGCCAGUCAAACAUUAUUUUUCAUUGUUUUAAGACCUUGUCAUAAUUUUAUUUUAUUUUUUUUGUAAACAUACAGUCAACUUGCACAAUUUAAAUAUGGUUGCUGAUGUAAUUCAUUUAACUGUGCUGUUGUAAUAUUUAGUUUUUGUUUUUUUUCUAUACAUGUUUGGAACAAUCUGAUAUGUACUUAAUUAAAUAAUAAAACAUAAUUUCAUUGUC